UUCCGGUUAUAGUCAUGAUUUACAAAGCGUGAGGAAGUAUUCUGUUCUAAAGGAGUUCUUGUAUAUAGUAUAUUUUUUUGUAAAGUGAGAAAAGAAAAACAUGGAAAUAGGCACGGAAAUCAGUCGGAAAAUAAGAGCUGCUAUUAAAGGAAAAUUGCAAGAACUAGGUGCAUAUGUUGAUGAGGAGUUGCCUGAUUAUAUCAUGGUAAUGGUAGCCAACAAGAAAAGCGCACAACAAAUGGCUGAUGAUCUUUCCUUGUUUCUGGGCAGCAAUACUUUAAAGUUCACCAUCUGGCUGCAUGGAGUACUGGAGAAGCUGCGCACUGUAGCUGUUGAAACAUCAAGCCUGAAGCCCCAGACUGUCUACGCAGAUAUUGGCACUAUGUCUUUCCCAGGAAAAGCUAGAGUGGUUGCUGAAGGGAAUAUUGACAGGCGAGAAGAUUGGAUGUUGCCAGUUUCCAGCUCUUCUGCUGACAGAACUGAUGCCCGUGUUUCCACAAGUUCAUCACUAGAGUAUAGAAUUUCAUGUGGCGGAUCUCCAAAUGAAAAGAACAUCCAUCGAUUAAUGUCCACAGUCAAGCCUCUGAUGGAAUCCUCACCAGCUGAAGCAGUGAUUGAUAUUAAACCAGAACUUGAUGAUGAUCUUAUUGAUGAGGACCUCAGCGCUCUUUCUGAUGUUGCUACUUUACAAGGGGCAAAAAAAAAGCCUUUAGUCACUUUAACAUACGGUUCUUCUCAUCCUGCAACAGAAACCUACAGAGUUCCAGACAGUUGCCAGUAUUUUUGCAACACAUCAGAAAAUAAAUUACAGACCCCUACCCGAACAACCGAGUGUGCCUUGUAUGACAUCAGACCCAUAGAGGUUGUUAGGACUUCCAGGACUAUCCCAGGAGCAUUUAGCAAGUUUUCAGAAAACUAUGAACAGAGUAGCAGACCCAGGGUUAAUGCUGAGAGAAUUAAUAUUGAUGAGGAUGUAUCCAGAAAAAGAAAGUCAUCAGUGAUCAGUUCAGUGGUGAAGAUAAAUAAAUAUGGCAAUGAAGACCAAGACACUGAUGAAAUGGAGGAGGAAGAUGAAGGUUAUCCUGGUAGAGCUGGUGGUCUUUUAAGUAGCAUUUCAGUCCCUUCCAAACCAGAACGAAGGCCAACUUUACCACCUUCGAAACAGGCAAACAAGAAUCUUAUCUUAAAAGCCAUUUCUGAAGCUCAGGAAUCAGUGUCUAAAACGACUAGUUAUCCACCAGUUCCACAGAGACAAACAGUCCCAGUUGCCCCGAGAACACGCAGUUUAAGUGGAGAAGAAACUCUUGCAGCCCAGCAUGUCCAUGAGACCAUAUACCAUACAAACACCAGAAUCCAGCUGGACCCAGAAAGAGACCAUCACUUACAAAGGCAGUCAGUUCAUUCAAGAUUGUUGGCAUCCCGUCUUCAACUUGACAUUCAAGAAGAGGCCUUAUUGAAACUUCAGGGAGUAAGUGAACUGGCAGACAUGAAGCCUGACACACGGUCAUUUAUCCUGAAGAAACCAGCACUGGAAGAAGCAGGGUCCUUGGCAAGCAGAUUAGGGACAGAAUAUGCAGAAGUGAAGCCCACUUUAUCAGAACGCCUGGUACAAUCAAGGGAUGUGGCAGAAACUUUAAGACCCACCAGUCCUAAAUUUAUUGUAACUUUGGAUGGAGUUCCCAGUCCACCAGGCUAUGAAAAUUAUGGCGAUGACAUGGGAGAUCUGAUUUUAAAAGAAAAGAUGAAAGCAGACAAAGAAAGUUCAUUAUACUCCCAGCUGGAAAGGAAACGUAAACUGAGACUGGAGCGGGAUGAAGUCCAAAAUCUUAGUGGUUCAGACGAGGAUUUUGAUAAAGAAGAAGGGAAUAUGAAACAUCAGAAAGUAUCAGAGCGCUGCAGAUACUGGCCAACAUGUAAAAGUGGUGACGAGUGCAUAUACCAUCACCCAACAACUAUGUGCAAGACAUUCCCGAACUGUAGGUUUGGAGACAAAUGCCUGUUCAUUCAUCCGUCCUGUAAAUACGAUGCGAAAUGCACAAAUCCUGACUGCAAAUACACCCACGUAGCCAGAAGAAGGGCGACCACCCAGCUGCAGCCAGCUGCACCUGUUGUUCCUGGCACCAUUUGUCGUUUUUUCCCAGAUUGCAAAAAAAUGGAUUGUUCAUUUUAUCACCCAAAGCCUUGCAGAUUUACAACACACUGCAAGAGACCCGACUGCAAUUUUUAUCAUCCAAAAGUUUCACUGCCGCCCAGACAGGCUCUGAAGUGGACAAAAACCCAGAACAGUUAAAUAUCAUGGAGCUGCUGGACCCUUCGGCACGUCGUCGUGGGAAUGUGAAAGUUUAGUUUUACCGCCUGGUUAACAGUUGGUAACACAUUUGUCAUUUUGUUUUUACUAGAAAUUCUACAGGUUUAUACGUUUUAACCAUUCCACAAUAGAUUUCCUUUGCUAAUGUUACUAAUGUUUUGUUUAGAAGAUAUUUUGUCUUUCUUGUAAUACAGAAUUUGAAAAUAAAAAGACAGAAAAAACGACAUUAAACAUU